AUGCUUGACAGUACAUCCAACCAAAAAGAGAACACGCCUCUGGACCCUGUCUCGAAGAGAAUUCGGAGAGAUUCCAAUCAGGAAUCCACGCCUCCAUUCAAGAAAUAUAAGAGAUUUGAGUCGCCGACUAGUACGGAUUCCUCUGCAGGAUCUUCUCCAAAAUCUGCUUCAGAUUACGCUUCGAACAAACAAGAUGCAAUCACAUUACCUCUUAUAGAAAUGCCAAUGGGAAAAGAUGGAGUUGAUGCAGAAAUAUCUUCCAAGUCUCCUCCAAGAAAGGUGGUAACAUUCACAUCACCACUGGAAAUCGGUCCUUCCAGUCAGAUUCAUGUAGGAAAUCCAGAAACCAAGAGUAUCCUGGUCACCAAAGAGAAUUCUCCCGCUUCUCCCCUGUCACCUCAAUCAAGCAGUGAUAUAUCUUCCCCACAGUCACCUGAGCCAAGCAAUUCUAUGGUUUCUCCACCUUCUCCGCGACCAAAGAAACUCACGCUUCCUCCCCUUCCACCUCUAUCGAGCAAUACAAUGGUUCCUCCUCUUUCACCUCGACCAAGCAAUACCAUGCCUCCCCCACCUCGACCAACUAGAGAAUCUCGGAGUAGGAACACUGAUAAAAAUGAGGAGAGCAUGUCAUCAUCUGCUUCAACCUCUCCAUCUUCUUCCCGGACGCUUAAUCCUAAGCCUUUCAAAUUACGCUUCAAAUUUAUCAAUCGCAAACCCAGAACUCGGAAUAUUAAUGAAAAUCCCCCUGAUGAUGAAGGAAUUGAUGUCACCCAUGACAUUCAUGAUUCCAAAAAGAAUGAUAGUGUUGAGGAAGUCGAUAGAGAAGAGAGAUUGGUUGAAGAAACAAGUACUGCAAAAUCCAGUACCUCAACCUCAACAUCCCUUGCCAGCUCACCGAUGAUGCGUUCAUUGCAAAUCGACCAAAGAAUUAUGUCAAAGCCAUCCAAGGCUGAUAGCGUACCUACUAAGGCAAUCAAAAUGGUCAGAGAAUCAAAUAAGAGUUUAAGCCCGGAGAAUUAUGGAACCCCUUUCCCCAAUCCUCCGGUCCCUCCCUACACUAUUACUUACCAAGGGUUAGACUUGAAGGCCCAAAUAGAAGCUCAUAAGUGUGAACUUUGUAUACCCAAGGGUUGGAAAAUUCCUUAUCCCCGAUUAGCAGAUCCUAUUAUCAUGGGACCUCUCUACCGCAAAGUCCUUCACCUGCAAAGAGAUUCUGAUAAAAUCAUCACUACUGCUAUCGAGUUUACAGAUGCCCCGGGCGAAGAUAAUGUCCACGCGUUCCUUGAUCGUGCGGAGAAUGAUGCCCACAAUGCAGGUAUGCCUAUGAAUCUCAAGCCGACGAUACUCGCUGUCAGAUGGGGAAAUGGAGAGCAAUCUGGUAAUCCAAAUUACCGAUCGAUUUACAGUUUAUACCGUGAUUCAUUCGUUUUUGUCAUCGCAAACUCUUUUAGUUGGAGAUUUGUAAUCAACAAAAUGCGCAGCAGGUUUAUGCCAAAACAGAACUGGAUUCUUUGGUGGGCGGAGAAGGAUUAUGUUGAAGAUUGGGAGACGGAUCUUUCGCGAUGA